UUUCAUUUUAAAUUCAAGGUUUAAUUUCUUUUAUUUGAAAAUACAAAUACCAUCUAGAUGCCGACAGCACUGCUUUGACUUAGUAUACUCUAUUAAGUUUCUGACUAAAAAUCCCUUUACAUGAAUAAAAAUAACAUUAUCUAAUAAAAAGUUAAAAUUCUUAUAACUACCUAGUCGGGCUUGGGAUUCUCAUAUUUUCCAAUUCAUAGAGGGCGCUUUGUAUUUUUUUUAAACUAUGGCGCAUAUUUUGAAGACUGUGAAAACAUUAUAAAAACACCCAAUAGUUUGCUUUUAAAUUUUUAGUUUUCACCUGGAAGUUAAUCGAAAUUUGGAAUUGGUUCGUGUGUUUUAGUUCUCCAUGGUAAGAUAACAUGAAUAGAUAGGAAUUUUGAAUCACCUUUUUUUUUUUUUUAUAAACAUUGAUUUAGCGAUUUUAAACCAGGUAGGCAUAAAUGAUUAAAUACAAUGUUUAAAGCAACAAAACAAAAAGAGAGGGGUUGUUUAAAAAAAAACUACAAUGCAUGGAAUUCUUUCACAACCGGUUUAAAAGAUUAUAAACACUGCAGUAUUCAUUCUUUCUUUAUUUCCUCCCAUGGGAGAUUGCAUGAACAAUACAGAAAUUACAUCAUUAGAGUAUUACACAUAUUCAUAUAUACAAAGGAAAAGGAUAUGAGAUUUGUACAUAAGAAGAAAGUUGAGCACAAAAUAUGUACAGGCAAUACAUAGCUAAUUAGAAUUGAACACCGGAAAUGGUGAAAAACCUGCAUUAUGUAAGACGUAACUGUCUGCUGUAACAUGCUGCUGCAUCCCUCAGGAAGCGGAAGUUCAGAAGAUGCAAGCCGGGUACUAGGAAAAUGUCUGUCAGUAAAGUGGAGUCCAUUGAGAAGCGGAUUGAGGUAUUGGAUGGUUUGGUGGCUGGGUCGGUUUUGACUGAUGAUAUUUUUACCUCACUGACAACUAGAGAUGGACUUCUGGAUGCUCUCUUGGUGUUAUAUGAAGAAUGCAGCCAUGAUUAUCUCCUUAAAAAGAACAAGCAUGUGUCAACUUUUAUUAGAAAAUAUUCUUCCACUAUUGCGGAGGUGAAGAAGUUAAGAAUCAGUAUGGAGGAUUUUGAGGUCAAGGAUGUGAUUGGUCGUGGACAUUUUGGUGAAGUGCAAGUCGUCAGGGAGAAAUCCACAGGAACAGUGCAUGCUUUAAAGACCUUACAUAAGCAUGAAACACUGGCACAGCACGAGAUCUCCUUCUUUGAAGAAGAGCGUGACAUUAUGGCUUUAUCCAACAGUCCCUGGAUCACCAAACUUCAUUACGCCUUCCAGGACUCGCUCAAUCUGUAUCUGGUGAUGGAAUUCCAUGCUGGGGGAGAUCUGUUGUCUCUGUUGUCAAGGUAUGAUGAUAUCUUUGAGGAAAGGAUGGCUAAAUUUUACAUAGCUGAAAUGACCCUGGCAAUUCAGGCUCUACACUGCAUGGGUUAUGUUCACAGGGACAUAAAACCAGAAAACAUUUUGAUUGAUAUCCAGGGUCAUAUAAAGCUGGUUGACUUUGGUUCAGCUGCUAAACUGUCACCCGACAUGUUGGUGUCCUUUAGAAUGCCAGUAGGAACACCAGACUACGUGUCACCAGAGCUUCUGACAUCAAUCAACAACAAACAGAUUGUUAGUAAUUACGGAGUAGAGGUGGACUGGUGGUCUCUUGGAGUUUGUAUGUACGAGAUGCUGUAUGGCAAAACUCCCUUCACAGAUGAAAAUGGAUCUCUCAUCAACACAUACUCAAGAAUCAUGAACUUCAAGAAAUGCUUAAGUUUUCCAGAUUCUCCGACUGUGUCUGAGUCUGCUAUAAGUCUGAUUAAAGGUCUGUUGGCUGAUAAAUCCAGCAGGAUAAUGUACGAGGGAAUUGUAGCUCAUCCGUUCCUAUCAGAUCUGGACAUGGAGAAUAUGAAGCAAGUGAAGCCUCCAUUUGUACCACACUUGUCUAGUUUAGAUGACACUUCAAACUUUGAAGAAUUUGAGAAAAAACGUUACCAGCCAUCUUUUGAUGAUUACAACACAAGCAAAGAGUUUUCUGGAAAGGAUUUGCCAUUUGUUGGAUUUACCUACGUUAGACCACUGAACAGUGUAGAAGACAAGGAUUCAGAAUCACUACCGGAGAGUGACACAUCAACAGAGGAAUCAGUUGACUGCCACAGUGUUGAGGUCAAACUGACCGUGAAAGUCAACGAACUCCAGAGCAAGAAUCAUGAUUUGGAGGAGUCACAGUGUUCUAUAAGGUCAGAGGUCGAGAGACUACAGAUGAAAACACAGGAGAAGGAUGAGGAAUUGCGUAGGAUGGAAGCAGAACGAGACAGCAUGGAGAGGGAGCUACAGGAUGCUCUGACACAGAAACAGUUUUUGGCUGCUCAGCUUGAUAAAGCUUCUGCAGAAAAGGAACAGUUGGAACUACAUGCUAUGAAGAACUUUAAUGAUAUCUUUGAAAUGAGAAAAGAAGCUCAGGCAAUCGAGGAAGAAAUACUUCGGUGUCAGGUAGAAGAGUUACAGGAAGUUGCAACGGAACUAGAGCGAGAGAAGGAGAGCCUACUACGAAAGGUAUCACAACGCGACAAGCAGAUAGAGUCUUACAGAGAGCAGAUCACAGCCAAUCAGAAACAGCAGGCGGAGCUCCAAAGUCGUCUAGCCAAGGCAAGGCGGAAGUCACUGGGGGACCAGAAGAGAGACCUGGCCCUGCUGGAAUCUCAAUCCAAUACUUGGAGAGAGCAAAUCUCAGAGAAAACAGAUGAAAUUCGGGAAAAAGAUCAAAGGAUUCAGGAAUUGGAGGAUAUGUUGGAGGCCUAUGAACAGCAGGAGAAAGAUUUCAUGGAGAGGGAGCAGGUAUUACUGGACAAGCUUCAGACAACACCCUCCAAGGAAAAAGUGGAUAUUAAGGUCAUGCUCACAACCAGUAAAUCACCUGGUAAGAAGGAGAUCAACAGCAAAAUAAAGAAAAUACAGGAGCUGGAGGAUUUAUUGGAGAAGUAUGAAGCGGACUCCAAGGCUUGGCAGGAAGAGGAGGACCAGUAUAACGAGAUUAUCGAGACUCUGAGUGGAGAAGUGGCAGCGAUGAAGCACCAGUCUCGUCUGACUGUCCAGGCCAAGGAAAAUCUGCUAGAGCAGAUCAGACUGCACCAGGAGGAGAUCGGCAAACAGAAGCAGAAAAUAAAGGGUCUACAGGAGCAUGUUAAUACCUAUAUAGAGGGAAAGAGAAAGGACUCUAGAGAAAGUUCUCUUGAAAAACAUGUCAAGGAACUAGAGAUAGAGGUGGAAAUGUUACGAGAUGACAAAAGGAUGCUGAUGAAGGACAAGCUGGCUGUCCAGACUGAACUGGAUAGCCAUAAAUGUACACAAAUGGACAGUGAACGAGUGAAUCAUCAAAUUAUACAGAAAAUCAAUCGUUUGACUGCCAAGCUUGAGAGAACCGAGCGGCAGUUGUCUGCCAGCCGUGAUCGGGAAAUUCAAGUCAGGAUCAAGUCCCGAGAAGCUCAGGAAAUCAGAGAAAAGUUGCAAGAGGAGAACUUGAAAGCAGAGAGAAAAGAAAAUGAUGAAUUAAAGGCUAAACUUUCUGCCUUGAAUGUUGAACUUGAACAACUAAAACACACUUCUGAACGAGACAAUGAGGUCAAGGAUCUUAGAAACACCCUGGAAACCAGCAACCAAAAAAUUGUACAACUACAACAGAAGGUGGAUAAACUAACCAGUGAAAAAUUUGACUUUUUGAAAGAAAUCCGUGAGGUGAAGGAGGAGAAAGACAGACUAGAGGAAAUGCUGAAACUGAACAAAAAAGAGCUGGAAAAGGUGGAAAAAAAUGUCUCUGAGUCCACAGUCAUGAAGGAAGAGAAUUCCAAACUGAAGAAUGAGAAAGACCAGCUCAAGUCCAGACUGUCUGACCUGGAAAGUGAGAAGCUGAUGUUGGAGGUAAAGCUGACUAGAGAAUGUGAGGCAGUGAAUGUAAAGCUUCAGAGUGUGGAGCAGGAACUAGAGGAGCAGAAGAUACUGUCGGCCAAACGCUGGAACAAGAUUGAGGAUGCAGAGGAUCUACGACAGGAAAACAAGCUCCUGCAGAGCAAGGUGGAAAUGCAGAAAAAGAAGGCAGAUGAACUGGAACUAAAGAUCAAAGACCUCGAGGGUCAAAUGGCAGACAGUAAGAAGAAGUUAGAAAAGAUGUCUACCAUCAGUCAGGAGCUUGACAAAUUGAAGCUAGUCAGAAGGUCAUCAGAGGUCAAGAUACAGGAAUUGCAGCGGGAACUUGCAGACAACCAGCAGAGGGCAACCAGCAACAAAAAAGAUGUCCAGCAUUUGGAAGAAAAACUCCACAAGGAAAAGGAACAGACUACUGACAAUAUGUCUGAGUUGAAGAAGGAACUGCAGGAGUCUAACCUCGCCUUGAGUGAGGCUCGCUCGCUCGUGUCCGCCAUGCAGAGACAGGAACAGAGCUUGAGGGACAAGUUUAAUCAGGAGAUUCGUGAGCUACAAAUGAAGCUGCACAAGUCUCAGGGCUCCCUACACCUGGAACAUGACAUUAAUUCCGUAAUAAUGGAGAAACAGAACCUACAACUCAAGCAAAAGGAGAUGGAGGAGCGGAUAGGGAAUCUGUUAAAGGAGAAGGGGACAACAGUGUUAGAAAAACAAAACAUGGAGGAGAAAGUAGUGCAGAGUCAGCAACAGUGUGAACUGGAGAGAAAGAAAGCAGAGGUAUUGAGGGGCGUGGUGACAGACUUGGAGGACCAGCUUAAAGAUUACGAGACGCUGAUUGAAGAGUAUGAAAAACAGCAGGCGGACUGGGAGGACAUCAAGAAGAAGUUUGAGUCUGCAGUAGACGAAAGAGAAUUGGAGAUUGAGGGAACAAGUCAAAAGAUCCAGGAACUUCAACAUGCCAAACAAAAUGCAAGUGAAAAGCUGAAUCAAACAAAGAAGGAAUCUCAGGCUGAGAGAGCAUCCCUUAAAUCUGAAAUAGAGGCUCUGAAGAUGAAGGAGUGGGAAUCCAGGAAAGAAAUAGACACAUGGAGGACACAGGUGAAAGAGCUGGAGAAUAAUGUGUCCAAAUGUCAGGCCAUGCUGAAGUCCCAGGUCAAAAACAUGGACGCUGACAGUGAAGAAAAGAACAGGCUAAAGGAGGAGAUAUCCAGCAAGAUAACAGAAAUCCAGGAUCUGAGAUCUAAGAACCUGAAGCUGAAGCAAAGUCUGGGGGAGGCUAUGGAUAAGUUUGAGAUGAUCUUUGGAGAAAAAGUGGACCUAGAGAAUUUUGCUGAGGCACUACAGGGUUUACACUUUUUGGAGAAGUACAAAUUUGAGAGCAUGAUUGGUCAGCAGAUGAAGUUAAUAGAUUAUCUUCACGCUCUGUACGAAGAGAACAACAGCAAAAAGAAAAAGACAGCAAAGAAAGGCAGAAAAUCAUUCAACUUUGGUAAGGUACAUUUCCCAGCAAUGGAGGACUUGCAAAAUUCUCUGGAACUGGAACGGAAGAGGAAUGUAAAACUGACAGAACAGAUGGACAAAAUGAGACAGGAAAAUUACAGCCAAGCUCAGGAGUUACUGCAGUUAAAAGGACCAUUAAAAGAAAAGGUAGAUACCACGCUCACUCCCCAUGAAAAAGCAGCAGUGGCUUGUAGAACACCACUGAAGAGUGUUCCUAGUGCCAUUCUAACCCCCCGGGCCCAGCGGUACAACAUGGAUACCCAGGAGAUUCAUCCCCUUAGGAUGCAUCAUAACAUCCCCCACCGGUUUGUCACUGGGCUCAACACCCGUGCCACAAAGUGUGGUGUGUGCCUAGGGAGUGUACCAUUUGUCAAGAAGGCUUCUAAAUGUCAGGCCUGCCUGAUGACGUGUCACACCCGAUGUACGUCUGCUGCCCCGUCCACUUGUGGACUUCCCACCGACUACAUCCACUACUUCACCACCAUAAUGAGUAAAAUCGAGCGGACGAGUAAAAAGUUCACACUGGAGGACACCAAUCAAAUCAAAAUCAAAGGAUGGCUCAAGGUGCCCAGGACAGGAAAGCCUGGCUGGGAGAAGAGGUGGUGCAGUCUAGAGAACAAUAUCUUGUUGAUGUAUAGGGAGGAAUCGGAUGCUAACCCCAUCGACACAUUUGACCUGAAUCCUGCGGAAACCGAUGUGACUGUUCACAGUGCUAUCAGCAGUGCUGAGCUCCCAAACACUGCCAGCACCGAUCUACCAUACGUCCUGAAACUGGAACAUGAACCACUUACCACAUGCUGGCCUCGAAGAGAGUUGUAUCUGAUGGCCGUCACAUUCCCGGACAAACAGAAGUGGGUUGCCUCCUUUGAAGCAGCCAUUAAAAGUCUUCAAAGAGUUGAUGCCACAUUCAAAAGAACAAGAUUACAAGAAUUCCGUAUACUGGAGCUCAAGGGUGACAGAAGACUAGAACUAAACUGUACUUUGAUUGUUUCUAAUCAUAUGUUGCUGCUAGGAGCUGAUGAAGGUCUAUUUGCUGUCAACAUUCACAAGGGUCAGCAUACCUUGGUGACCAAGCUGACCGGUCUGAAGAGCAUUCAUCACAUGGUGUAUGCCUCAGGACUAGGCUGGGUAAUUUGCAUCACAGGUCAGGACCGCCAUGUGGUAUAUAUUCACCGAGAGGCCAUCAAAGCAAGGCUGAGCCAGGCAACCACUGACGAGACAGAACACGUGCCCAGCGACAAAAUUCCCUCCCUGGUGGGCUGUACUGUGCUGGAAGUCGCGCGCGUGUACGAGAGCCUCUAUCUGGUGACCGGGUUCGAUGACAGAAUCACAGUGUUGAAGUACAACACUGAGCUCAAAGAAUUCUGUAUAAGAAAGGAGCUGAAGAUUCAGGAACCAUGUAGCUGUAUUUGUCUGGCCGAUGACUUUGCUAUUGUGGGAACUGAGAAAUUCUACAAGUUUAGUCUGGAGCAUCCCUCAUUGACAGAGUUUGUGGACAAAAAGGAUAACUCCCUGGCUUUUGCUGCCUUUGGAGCUGCCAUCCACAACAGCUUCCCUUUGGCUGUUGUCAAUGUCACACCAGAGGGACUCCCAAUGGAAUUCUUACUUUGUUUCCAUGAGUAUGGAUUCUUUGUGGACUGUCAUGGAAAAAGAAGCAGACCAAAAGAUAUGAAGUGGAGCUGCCUUCCGCUAGCAUUUGCCUAUAGUGAACCAUAUCUGUUUGUUGUGUAUUUCAACAGUAUUCAAGCCAUAACCAUUCCUGCCAAUAAAAUGCAUACAAGAGGAAAGCAGACUUCUCUAGAUAUCUACUGCCCACGCUUGCUUGGGAAUUCCAUGAAGACUGGAGGAGUAUAUGUGUCGACAAACACAGGGAAUAGUACACAGAUGAUGUGUCUGCAAGGCAAUGACGGCAUCAGUGACAAAGAGAACAAGGCCAGUAAAUCAGAGAGACAAAAGAAGUUUGUCAGCCCAAAGAGAGGGAUUAUGAAAAACUCUCAGCGCCAAGACUCCCUGACAUCCAUCAGUAGUAACUCCAGCACUGGAUCUACGUUCUCCAUGUACAGUGCAUGCAGCGGGAAUUCAGAGUUGUAGUGGUUGUCAUAGUAAUCUAUACUGUGUAAACAUGGCAUCAUCCGACUGCUUCAAGGGACCAGAUCGAUGAGUCUGUCCAUUCUACAGAGCUUGACAAUAAACUCAUUCUUGGUUCCGUGAUCAGUACCACACAGGAUCCUAAGCUGCUGUGCCAUACCUUUUGAGUGAUGGACAUCAUAGAACAAGCAUGUACAUAGAGUUUGUAAUGUGACAGACAGCUCACACUGGGAUAACGAAAUCAAUUAUAACAGAUUAUUACUGGGAAAUAGUCUGUUUAGGCUAUUUCUUUGUCUCUUAUAAGACCAGAGGAGUGACAAUAGUACAUGUGUGUUUUAACUUCAAGUACCAUACUUGUAAAAUAUGUAAAUAGACGAAAUCUUAAUCAAUUGUGUUCAAUGAUCAUGUAAAAAUAAUUUAUUUUUAUUUUGCCAGUUCAGGUAAUGUGCAAUCAUUUGUUGGUUUGUUUUGUGGGUUGUUGUUUUUUUUUUUUUUUUUUUUAGAUACCCAGUAGUUUAAAAAACCCGGGAAAAUUGAAGUAAACUUUUCAGAUCAGAGUUAGUUGUUUGUAUUCACAUGUACACUGUAUAAAUCAUUAGGCCAACAUUACUUAAUAUUAAGAGCCAUGACUUUAACAAAGGGGAUAUAAUUUAGAUUUUGAAUAUAGUGGAAAUUUAUGAUGUCACUGGAAUUAAUUUCCUUGUAGAAAUUUUACUUCCAUUAGACAGAGACUGUCACAUGAUGGAGAUUCAUUGUAUCGAUUCACAGGCACUGAGGCACUGAUGAAGCCAUUACUGAAGUCAUAUGAAGGUUUUAUACACGAGUCUUAUUACAGGCUGCAUUAUGGUAUAGCCUUUCCCAUCUGUCGGCUAGUUUUUUUUUUAUGUCUUUCUGGGGGGGGGGGGGGGGGGGGGGGGGGGGGGGGGAGGAGGUCUCAAACCAAAAAUAGAUUACUAUAGUCUUCGUCUAGAAUUCUCUGGCUAUAAAAAAUUAAGUCUGGAUCAUAUCUUUUAAACUGUUAGGCCUAGGACUACCAAAGCUGAUCAGCUGAUGCAUCUUUUGGGGGGGGGGGGGGGGGGGGGGGUUCAUGAACCAAACAAAAGUAGGUCACUGUGGCCUCUUACUGGAAUUAUACGCCUAUACAUAUACAAACUGUGUCUGGAAUUGUGAGGCCUAGGGCCAUCAAACUUAGUUGAUGCAUUUUGGGGGAAGUGUAUGCCAUGACCCAAAAGUAGGUCACCGUGGCCUCAAUUUGGAAUUGCAAUUGAUAGUAUCAUAGCUUCUGACUUCAAGCAUGCAUCAUGUACAUUUGGUUUCAGACAGACAUAUUAGGUUCUCGCAAUGGCUUGUGAUACACCUUAUUUCUUCUAUACAGUAAAGUGACUGAAUUGAGCUUUGUGACCCAUAGUUUUGUUUGUAUUAUAUUUCAAAUGUGUUUGCUUUUGAUAUUUUUCAAACUUUAUGAUAGCCAUUUCCCCAUGAAUUUGUUGCAGUUCUGAACAUUGCACUCAUGAAUCUUGAAAAAAAUGUAGUAUGUAUAUUUUAACAGCUGGGAAUAAAAGUAAAAUGUAAAUUAGUAGUUUAUAAAAAAUGACUUUCACAUUGGAAAAUACAUGAGGGUAUGAAGUUUGUCUGCAUGAAGUGUUGCAGUUCAUACCUUCAUGUAUUUUCAAAAAUGAAAUUUAUUUCUUUAGUGUACAUUCAAAUAGUAAGACUUGUAGAGAAAAUAAGUUUAUUGUUAUGUAUUGAUAUACAGUACAUAUCUGACCAAAUCAGGGUUGUUUGUAAUAACCAAUAAAGAAUGUGAUGUAAAACUUGAA